AUGACUCGGUUUACUCAGUUCACAGUUACUGCCCUGGCGCUGGUCGCCCCGGCAUUUGCUUCCUGUGACUACGGAACCCAUCUCUACCCCCGAGAGCACACCGUGCCCGUCAGCACUUUUGGUUACAACGAUCUCAUCGGACCUCUGAAUUGGUACAGCCUCAACAAGACGGCCAACGAGCUCUGUGCCACCGGCCAGCACCAGUCCCCCAUUGUGCUGGACUCGUCCAUCGCCACGGCCCAUGGCGACUCCAUCUCUUUCACCGUGGACUCGUACCCCUUUGGAGCCGAGUUUGAGAAUCUGGGCAGCACGGUUGAGGUGCCCGUCAACGGAACGCUCAAGGCCGGCGGCAAAGACUACAAGCUUGCGCAGUUUCACUUUCAUACUCCUAGCGAGCACCGAAUCGACUCUGAGUACCAUCCUAUGGAAAUACACUUUGUGUUUUCUACCCCUGACAAGUCUACUGCUGUUGUAUCUUUCCUGGUCGAUCUCGGCGUGCCCAACCUCCUGUUGUCCUCAGUCUUUCAGAACAUCAAUGAGAUUGCCACUCCUGGUGAAACCACCCUGACUGGGCCUCUCUUGUUUGCUGCACUGGAGAACCAUCUCAAGUCCAACGCCAUCUUCACCUACUCUGGCUCACUGACCACUCCUCCGUGCACUGAGGGUGUUGAUUGGUACAUCAGCGCCCAGCCUCUGCAGAUUGACACGGCUACCUAUGGCAAAGUCAAGGACGUGAUCAAGUUCAACGCUCGGUAUACUCAGAAUAAGCUUGGUGGCGUGAAUCUGCUGCAGAACAUUGCCAACGAGCUUAAAUAA